UGUAAACACCUGAGCAGGACCCUGAUUGGAUCAAUCAGCCUCUCCUAUUGGUUAAACAGUUGACCUCAAUGUCGAUCUGCGGAUAUAUAGUGGGUGGAAACACGUUUAGUUACUAUCAGGGUUUGUUUGCGGAUUUAUUUGGUGUUCCUGCUUCUGAGAGAGACUUGAAGACUUAACAGGCUGAGCUUGAGAGAAUCAAGUGACCUCUACACUGCCAGCUAGUAACCAGGAAAAUGAGCUCUAGCGCCCUCGCUCCGUUUGCCAGCCGUAGCAGCCGAGAGAACAUCUCUGCUCAGGCAAGGAUGGAUGGUCCUCGUCUGAAAGCUGGCCAAAGAGUGGUUUUGGGUGUUUUGACUGAAAAUGAUCACCAUAACAGGACUUGUAACCAAGCUGUUCCUGUUAAACGUGGAUCAGGAUCUCAAAAUGUGUCUGGCCUUGGAAUCAACACCUCAAACCAGUCCAAUUCUGCAGUUAGCUGUGUUCAGGUGGCUGAGUCGGUUGUACCAGCACCCAGGCUUAUUGGGGAGCAGGGAGCUGACUCGCUUAUUCUUCAUUCUUCAGCACUUCAGAUGAUAAGUGCUGUGAGCGGCUUAAGCACAGGAUCAUGCUUGGAUGCUUCUAUGCAGUCACUGGAGGAGGAGGAAGUGGCUGUUACUGAGGAUGUGUUGUGCGUACCUGAAUAUGCUGAGGACAUCCACAGGCACCUUCGAGAGAGUGAGAUAAGGUACAGGCCCAAGCCUGGCUAUAUGAGGAAGCAGCCAGACAUCACAAACUGCAUGAGGGUCAUCUUGAUUGACUGGCUGGUGGAGGUUGCUGAAGAGUACAAGCUGUGCUCAGAGACUGUCUACUUGGCAGUGAACUACCUGGAUCGCUUCCUAUCUUCCAUGUCUGUGCUUCGUGGAAAGCUGCAGCUUGUGGGAACUGCCGCAAUACUUGUGGCUGCGAAAUAUGAAGAAAUCUACCCACCAGAAGUGGAUGAGUUUGUGUACAUCACAGAUGACACUUACUCCAAGAAACAGCUGCUGCGAAUGGAGCACCUCAUUCUCAAAGUACUGUCCUUCGACAUGACUGCACCUACGAGUUACCAGUUUUUGACGCAGUAUGUCUUGGUAGAGCGUGUCUGUUCCGAAACAGCAAAUCUUGCCCUGUAUCUUUCAGAGCUGACCCUGCUUGAGGUUGAGCCAUUUUUGCAGCAUCUUCCUUCUAAGAUUGCUGCUGCAGCUUACUGCCUGGCUAACUACACCCUCAACAGGACCCUAUGGCCUGAUGCCUUGCAUGCUUUCACUGGCUACUCUCUGGCAGAGAUUGCUCAGUGUUUAAUUGCGCUCCAUAAGCUCCACCUAAGUGCUGAAAGUCGUCCCCAGCAGGCUAUUCGUGAGAAGUACAAGAGUUCAGAGUACUCCAGUGUGUCGCUGAUUAAACCAGUGGAAGGUCUUCCACUGCACUGACUUCCAGUGAAUGCCUGAAUGAGGGAUGAAGGAACUACAGCACUUACGUUAUUAUUGUAAAUACUACAUGAAAUGUUUUACUUUUUUUAAUGUGAUUUUUAUCAUAGUACCUUUUUUUUAAAACUAAUGACUACUUGUUUCCUAUAGGUUUUAAGCCAUGGAAUUUGUCUUAAUGUCUUUGUGCCUGUACUUGUAUCUCACUGAAGUGAGGUAUAAUGUUUUUAACCUGCUUGUUGCCACCCAAGGUCAAUAGUUCUGCUGUCUCACUCUUGCAGAAUCAUGGGCCUGUUGGAGUAAACCUUGUAAAUAAAUGAAACAAGUUGCCACA